CUAUUUGAAAGCAGCUGCUCUCCGUGUUGUUUACCUGCAGCAGUCGGUGUUUCACGGUAACUCGUCGGUCGCUUCGUCGCUGGUCGGUGGAUAAAUCUCUCGUGUCACAGUUUGACCUCUCUGUCACGUGCAACAUGUCGUCUGUGGAGGCUCGCGCUGCGCUUCCCGCCGCAGAGAACCCGCUGAAGAUGGUUAAAAGCACCGCGGCAGGUCUGAGGAGAGCCGCUCUGGGAGAGAUCACCAACUGUGCUGGAGCCGGACAGAGGCCGGGUCGAGGCAAAGCGUCCUCCAAACCAUCGUGUGUCCAGAAGUCCAAACCCGCCGCGGUUCUGCCGGCCGUCCGGGUCCAAGCCGCUGCAGAUCGUCUCCCUCCAGUUUCAGAGGAGUCAGCUGACGUGUCCAUGAAGGACGAGGACGAGCUGUGCCAGGCGUUCUCUGAGGCGCUGCUCACCGUGCAGGACGUGGACGAGGACGACGCGGACCUGCCUCAGCUCUGCUCACAAUACGUCAAAGACAUCUACAGUUACCUGCACGUCCUGGAGGUGCAGCAGGCCGUACGAGCAAACUACAUGCAGGGUUACGAGAUCACCGAGCGCAUGCGAGCUCUGCUGAUCGACUGGCUGGUCCAGGUCCACUCCAGGUUCCAGCUGCUGCAGGAGACUCUGUACCUCACAGUUGCCGUCCUGGAUCGGUUCCUCCAGGUCCAGCCGGUCUCUCGCAGGAAGCUGCAGCUCGUCGGCGUGACGGCCAUGCUGGUGGCCUGUAAAUACGAGGAGAUGUACGCUCCGGAGGUCGGAGACUUCGCCUACAUCACGGACAACGCCUUCACCAAGUCCCAGAUUCUGGAGAUGGAGCAGGUGGUUCUGAGGACCCUGAACUUUGAGCUGGGACGGCCUCUUCCUCUGCACUUCCUCAGACGAGCCUCCAAGGUGGCCAGUUCUGACGUGGAGCGCCACACGCUGGCCAAGUACCUGAUGGAGCUGACCCUCCUCGACUACGACAUGGUUCACUACCGGCCCUCUGAGGUCGCCGCCGCCUCGCUGUGUCUGUCCCAGCUGCUGCUGGACGAGCUGCCGUGGUCUCCCACACAGCAGCACUACUCGACCUACGACGAGGCCCACCUGAAGCCGGUCAUGCAGCACAUCGCCAAGAACGUGGUGACGGCGAACGACGCCAAGUCCAAGUUCCAGGCCGUGAAGACGAAGUACUCGAGCAGCAAGCUGAUGAAGAUCAGCCUCAUUCCUCAGCUCAAGUCUGCGACCAUCAGGAACAUGGCGGCCGCUCUGCUCAGCUCAUGAUGGAAGGAACUUUUUUACAUUUCAGAAUUUCUCUUGCACUUUAUUUUAGAUUUAUGACCUGUGGAGGAGCAGGACUCUGUAUUUUUAAUAAAAUGUUUUUAGUUUUUGAUCCAAGCUUUCUGGUUUGUUCAGAAAUCUGCACUUAAUCAGCGACUUCUUUUAAAUCUUCGUGGUACGAAUCUUUAUAGCUGAAUCAUGCUGCUUUUUUAAAUGACGAUCUUUCUGAACACUAAACUGUUAGAACACCUGUGGAGCUUUACUCCAACUCUUCUACCUCACCGUCGGCAGCAAACGCCUUCGUGAUCUCUGUAGAUUUUCUGACUUUCCAGUUGUCUCAUGUUGCAGCGUUCAGAUCGUAGAUGUAUCUCUUGAAUCUGCUUUUGUUCGGAUUAAACUGUCAUUGACCAAA